CGCCAUGUUGCCCGUCCCGCCUCCUCGCGCAGCCGCCCCGCAGCUGCGGCCCCGCCAUGGAGGCAGCGCUGAAGCGGGAGUUGGGCACUGCAGUGCUCCGGCCGACCGGGCAUUCCGGGGGCGGCUGUAUCAGCCAGGGCCAGAGCUAUGACACAGACAGCGGGCGGGUGUACGUGAAGAGCAACUCCAAGGCGGAGGCUAGAAGAAUGUUUGAGGGAGAAAUGGCAAGUUUGGAAGCCAUCUUGAAAACGCAGACAAUAAAAGUGCCUAAACCCAUCAAAGUUAUAGAUGUGCCUGGGGGCAGUACUCUCUUUGUGAUGGAACAUUUGGAAAUGAGAGGCUUAAACAGACAUUCAGCAAGGCUUGGAACACAACUGGCUGAUCUCCACCUUCAUAACCAGCAACUUGGAGAGAAGCUGAAGAAAGAAGAAAGCACAGUUGGUAAAGGUCAAAGGCAAAUGGAAGUCCAGUUUGUGGAUCAAUUUGGCUUUCAUACAGUUACCUGCUGUGGCUAUCUUCCACAGGUGAACGACUGGCAGAAUGACUGGGUGACUUUCUUUGCCAAGCAAAGAAUCCAGCCCCAGAUGGACAUGAUUGAAAAGAACUCAGGAGACAGGGAAGCAAGAGAACUUUGGGCACAGCUUCAGCUGAAGAUACCCAGUUUGUUCUGUGACAUAGAAAUUGUUCCUGCUCUUCUGCACGGAGACCUCUGGGGAGGAAAUGUGGCUGAGGAUGAUUCUGGGCCAGUUAUCUUCGAUCCUGCUGCUUUCUAUGGCCACUCAGAGUAUGAGCUUGCCAUUGCCGGGAUGUUUGGUGGCUUCAGCAGUUCUUUUUACUCUGCUUACCACAGCAAAAUUCCCAAAGCUGCAGGGUUUGAGAAGCGCCUAAAGCUUUAUCAGCUUUUUCACUACAUGAACCAUUGGAACCAUUUUGGUACAGGGUACAGAGGGUCUUCUAUAAACAUUAUGAGAAACCUUAUAAAGUGACUUUCUGCUUAAGCAGAAUACAUCCUAUGCUGCUUGGAAAACCCCAUAGUUGGUGGUGCAAGUACAGGAGUAGUAAUGUUAAAAAAGCUACUAGACCCCUGACCUUGUUUCACAGCUAAAUACCUAGAAUCAAUGAGUGCUGCUGAAUACCAAGUGUGACAUAAUCAUGCCUUUUUAGGACAACUGGGAGUAACUUGAGAAGGGAAAUGUCUGAGGAAGGAGUUUAUUCAGUUGUACAAGAGAUCUGUUUUCAAGGAAGCACUAUAUGCUGGAGACUGGGCAGGUUGAUACAAAUCAAAUGCUCCAGUGUAAAUUGUUUGGAAGAAGUUCUUUCAUAGGGACCAAUUCUGCUUUAAAGUAGAGAAAUACCAGGGUUUGUAUUUGUGCCCUAAGGGAACAUAUUAGAGAAGUGUUUGUGAAACAGAAAAUUGCUUUUCUCAGUUACUGAGGAUAAUAAAGUUGCUCAUUCCUUUUUGCUCUUCUCCUACCCCCCCCUUUGUGAUAGAUUGCUCAGAUUCUUUAAGUUCUUCGUGUCCAGUUAUGUGCAUGACAGCAAUGCUAGCAAAAUAUUUUGAACAUCAACAAGAAAAUUCCAUAAUGGAAACUGUGAAAAAUUAUUUGGACUUGAUGUUAAUUAUGCUAAUAUGACUCUAUUGGAUUCACACUGCUUCCUGUUUGGGGCUAAGAUGUAUGAAAAUGCUUACAAUUUGUUCUGGCAUGUACAUUUUGGUGCAUUCAAUCAGCUGUUCUGUGAUUGUUGAUCAGUGGGCUCUUACCUGGAGAAAUUUUGUUUUCACCAGAACUAGUGUCUCUCUUCUGGAUUAUGGUUUUGUCCAAUAGUGUGCAUUCUUAAAAAUCUUUUCAGUGUCUCCCACUUUUAGAUGUCCUUUCUCAUUAUUACAAACAGAAGAUGUACUUUUUGACUGUUGUGACUGCCCACAGGUCAAUGCCCUCUGGUAAUGCUCUAGGCUUCACGUAAAUGUUCUGUAGUUCAGACUGCAGGUGCCAUAAGCUGAAGGUGUCCUUCAGUUCCCACCAAGUGCACUUUGUAGCUCUUGGGAUAAGAGACAUGAAAAUAAAAGAAGUUGAAAUGCAACUCACAGAACAGCAGCUCAGCACCACUGCCAGGAGGUCUUUAUUUUGCUUUGCAGACUGGCUGCUCGUUGUACCUUAGUACUAGGCAGUACUAAAAUUGUGCUCUUUUUGAUAUAAACUGAUAAUAAUUUCAGUGCAAGUACACCACGUGAGUGAGGGGUGCAUAUUUCCUACCAUGCAUCUUGAGCAUUUGAGAAUCACUUUAAUUUAAAAAGAUUUUUAGUGGAUACUGGCAGAUUACUGAGGGUUUUUUUAGUUGCUGGCUUUGCAGUGAUAAGCACUGGAAGCAAGUUUAGAGAAGACUAUCACUUGAUACAACUUUCUUUUCUUAAUCUACUGCUCUUCUCCUUGGCUGUUUAAUCUUUUGCUACAAAAAGUUUUAAAACCUUGCGUGGUAGAAUAGUUUUUACUGUGUUGCCUAAAUAAAAAGUUUCCCAGUUGA